ACAACGCGUCAAAUCUACACCAAACUCUCGGUAGCACUACGCAAGCGCGCCCCUCAAGAGCAGCACGAUGGCCGAACCACAAACUACCCCGGCAGCCGAGGCGGAGACCUUCGCUUUCUCGGCCGACAUCAACCAGCUUCUGUCGCUGAUCAUCAACACUUUUUACUCCAACAAGGAGAUCUUCCUCCGUGAGCUCAUCUCCAACUCCAGCGAUGCCCUCGACAAGAUUCGAUACCAGUCCCUCACGGACAAGGCAGUGUUGGACUCGGAGCCAAGCAUGGAGAUCCGUGUCAUCCCCGACAAGGCGAACAACACGUUGACCAUCGAGGACUCCGGUAUCGGCAUGACGAAGGCUGACCUGGUGAACAACCUCGGUACCAUCGCCAAGUCGGGCACCAAGGCCUUCAUGGAGGCCCUCAGCGCCGGAGCCGACAUCAGCAUGAUCGGCCAAUUCGGAGUUGGUUUCUACUCGGCCUACCUGGUUGCCGACAAGGUUACGGUCACCUCCAAGAGCAACGACGAUGAGCAGCACACUUGGGAGUCCUCCGCGGGCGGCUCGUUCACGGUUACCCAGGACGGGCCGGACGCCAAGCCCGUCGGCCGGGGAACCCGCAUCGAGCUGGUCCUGAAGGAGGACAUGGCGGAGUUCCUCGAGGAGAGGAAGGUCAAGGACCUCGUCAAGAAGCACUCGGAGUUCAUCGGGUUCCCGAUCAAGCUUUACACGGAGAAGACCACCGAGAAGGAGGUUACCGAUGACGAGGACGAGGCGGACGAUGAGGACGAGGACAAGGAGCCUAAGGUGGAGGACGUGGACGAAUCGGAGGGCAAGGAGAAGAAGACCAAGAAGAUCAAGGAGGUGUCCCACGAGUGGGAGCACCUGAACCAGCAGAAGCCCAUCUGGAUGCGCAAGUCCGAGGAGGUCACCCACGACGACUACGCGGCGUUCUACAAGUCUCUCAGCAACGACUGGGAGGACCACGCGGCGGUGAAGCACUUCUCCGUCGAGGGGCAGCUCGAGUUCCGAUCUGUCCUCUUCGUGCCCAAGCGCGCGCCGUUCGACAUGUUUGAGGGCGGAACCAAGAAGAAGCACAACAACAUCAAGCUGUACGUGCGGAGGGUGUUCAUCAUGGACAACUGCGAGGACCUGAUGCCCGAGUACCUGCAGUUCGUGAAGGGUGUCGUUGACUCGGAGGACCUGCCCCUCAACAUCUCCCGCGAGAGCCUCCAGCAGAACAAGAUCCUCCGCGUGAUCCGAAAGAACCUUGUGAAGAAGUCGGUCGAGCUCUUCAACGAGCUCGCUGAGGACGCUGAUAAGUACAAGAAGUUCUACGAGGCGUUCGCGAAGAACCUCAAGCUGGGCAUCCACGAGGACGCCGCCAACCGUGCGAAGCUCGCCAAGCUCCUCCGUUACCACUCCACCAAGAGCGGCGAGGAGAUGACCUCCCUCGACGACUACGUCGCAAGGAUGGACGACAAGCAGGCGGGCAUCUACUACGUGACCGGAGAGUCUAAGAUGGCGGUGGAGAACUCCCCCUUCCUCGAGAAGCUCAAGAAGAAGGGCGUCGAGGUCCUGUUCAUGGUAGACCCGAUCGACGAGUACGCGGUUCAGCAGCUCAAGGAGUUCGAGGGCAAGAAGCUCAUCUGCGCGACCAAGGAGGGGAUGACCAUCGACGAGUCGGACGAGGACAACAAGAACUUCGAAGAGGCCAAGGCGGCAUCGGAGGGCCUCUGCAAGCUCAUGAAGGAGGUACUCGUGGACAAGGUGGACAAGGUAGUGGUGUCGAACCGUCUCGCGGACUCCCCCUGCGUGCUCGUUACGGGGGAGUACGGUUGGUCGGCCAACAUGGAGCGCAUCAUGAAGGCGCAGGCCCUCCGCGACUCUUCGACGUCGUCGUACAUGACCUCUAAGAAGACCAUGGAGGUCAACCCCACCAACUCCAUCGUUGUCGCCCUGCGGGAGAAGGCGUCUGCGGACCAGAGCGACAAGACGGUGAAGGACUUGAUCUGGCUCCUCUACGACACCUCGCUCCUCACCUCGGGCUUCAGCCUCGACGAGCCAACCACCUUCGCGGGACGCAUCCACAGGCUUAUCAAGUUGGGUCUCUCGAUCGACGAGGACGACGCGGCAGGGGACGAUGGCGACGAUGACAUCCCCGAUCUCGAUGACGCCGAAGGCGAUGAGGAGUCGACGAUGGAGCAGGUCGACUAAGCUUCGACUAGGCUAUCUAUGCAUCCCCGGGGUAGUCACCCGCGGGCCUUGUUCUGUUAUGUUGUCUAAAGUCGAAGAACGAAAAACAACGCAGUUGGAAGAUAUCGAUUCCACUCGCGAAGAACUAAAGCGUGGGACAAUCACUCGUGGACCUUCUUUUUACGAUGGUGAUGAGCGAAUGGCGGAUGGUUGCAGGAGGGGAUAUGACAGCCUGGUGUAGAGUAGACGGGUUAGUGGUGGAAUCGUCGGCGUAGUCGCACUUCCUCGGUCUUUUGCUAUCCUACUAUCUCCUUGGCGACGAGGCGAAAGAGAAGAGAAGGGAACGAUGAAAUCUCCUGCUGCGCAUUGUUUUGGUUUGUUGUUGUGCUCUUUUGGGUGUCAUGAUGGUUACUUGUGUUGUGUUUUGUUCUUUUUGCUGGGUGUGGGUUUAGGCUUGGUGGGAUGUUUCGCUUUCACGCGUGAUGCUGACGCAAUAUUGGCAUGGCUCUUUGGUUCGGCUCCCCGAUUCGCUGUCGGGCUCUUGGCUUUGUUUUCUGUUGACAGGAUCCCUGUCCGAAAGCGUUCGACAAUUUUUCUUGGAAUUCUCUUGUUGUGGAGUAAGCGCGGUAGGAUGGUGUAUCCGUACAGGGGCUUGAACAGGGUCACUUGAGAGGGACUGUACCAGCAGUCGUUUUGUUGUAAUUUUACUGCAGUGUGGCAUCCUACUCUGCAUUUUCUCAUCUCUCUU